UCCUGCAGCAACAGGCGUGGACUGCUGCGCGCUCGACUCUAACUUCUCAAGUCAUCUGCGCUUCACCACAAUCCCAGAGGAGCUUAAACCAUGGACACAAACCAAGAAAACAUCUACGAAAAAGUGGAUCAAGACCCCGUAUAUGAAAGUCCGUAUGAAAGCAUCAACACAGAGCCGAAAUACGAGAAUGUGGAUCACGAGAGCGCCGCGGACACGGAGUACAGCGAGAUCCACCGCAUGUCUCCAGAUUACAUAAAUACAAGAGAGGCAACUCAAGAUGAAGAACGAGACACAUCGUCCUCAGAUGAACAAGGGGAGAAGUCAGAAAGCCCGAUGGAGGAUGUGGAAGCAUCUCUGAUCAUUGGAGAUGGAGACGGAGAGGGGUCAAGGCGACAGUCCUCGUCUUCAGAGAGCUCCGGGGACCCUUGCGAUGACAAGCCUUUAUCUGUUAACGAUGACCUGCUCAUGGCUUACAGUCUCCCAGAGGACUCAUCUCCAGAACCAGAGGAGAUAGUUGACUACAGCCUGAAAAACGUUGAGGAGAGUACGACGGAGGAGACCGCGACUGUUUCUGAUCCAAAUAAACCCGACAUUGCGCUUUUUGUCAAGGCUGGCAGUGAUGGUGAAAGCAUUGGAAACUGUCCAUUCUCCCAGCGUCUCUUCAUGAUCCUUUGGCUCAAAGGGGUAGUGUUCAACGUCACCACUGUUGACCUGAAGAGGAAACCGGCUGAUUUGCAUAAUCUGGCCCCAGGCACCCACCCGCCUUUCCUGACCUUCAACGGUGAGGUGAAGACAGACAUUAACAAGAUCGAAGAGUUCCUGGAGGAGGUUUUGGCUCCACCAAAGUACCCCAAACUCGCAGCCAGACACAGGGAGUCAAACACAGCUGGGAAUGUCAUAUUUGCAAAGUUCUCGGCUUUCAUAAAAAACACAAAGCCAGAUGCCAAUAUAGCUCUGGAGACGGCUCUGACAAAAGCCCUGAAGAAGCUGGACGAAUACCUGAACAGUCCUCUGCCUGAUGAGAUCGAUGCUGACAGCACAGAGGAGGAGAAGAGCUCAAACCGCAGGUUCCUGGAUGGCAAUGAUCUCACGCUGGCAGACUGUAACCUGCUGCCCAAACUGCACAUAGUGAAGGUCGUGACCAAGAAGUAUCGCAACUUUGACAUUUCCACCGAUUUAACAGGCGUGUGGCGUUACUUGAACAACGCGUAUGCACAGGAAGAGUUCACCAACACGUGUGCGUCCGACAAUGAGAUCGAGUUUGCAUAUAAGGAUGUGGCUAAGAGGCUAGCCAAGUAAACAAACAACACAACCUGACUUGGGGUAGGGUAAUAACCGAAGGAGUGUUUGCCAUGUAUGUCCAAACUAUUAACCCAAUAUUUUUACUUUCAUUUGCCCAUGAACCCUGAUAAUAAAACAGCAGUUUAACGCGCUGGUGCUGUAAUCCAGUGUUGAAACACAACAUUUUUAUAUUUACAACAGAGCCACGACUGACCAUUUCAACAUUCUGUGCCGUCUCUAUUUCAAGAGAUGCACGUCAUAUUUUCUUGCUCUGUGCAUGACCACAAGCUUUUGCUGUUUUACUCCUUCAGUCAUAUUAUUACAUCAUGUGUUUUUUUAUCAGUCAUACAUACUGUGGCACUUUUAAAAACAGGCUUGUUGAUGCAUUCAUGUUUACUUGGCUUUAACCUUGCCUUAAUAUCUAAUCCUCUCUGUUCAUUCGGAGUUUAUUUGCUUUCAGUAAUGUUUUUAUUAUUGUGUAUAAUGAACGAAAAAAUCUAAUUCAUGCAACAGGAUAAAAGAAAGCCCACAAAACGAGCCAUCAUUUACUCAUUCCAGAUUGAAGCUGUGUUUACAUCCAGUAUUUAAAAAUAGAUGUUUAGGUGCCACACAGUGGACAGAAAAUCCUUUCUACAAAGCUAUUGCGGUUGUAUGAACAAGUUGUAUGAUUUUCUUAAUUUUUUUAUUAUUGAAAGCCCCUGGUCACUACGAGCGAUUUAAACAAUGUCUUUUGUGUUCAUUAGACAAACUUUAAAUGUCUGACGUGUGCAUUUUUUUAAUUAGAAUUAACUUCCACUUUUGUGUUAAGGUAUUUUUUGAGGUGCAGUUAAAAUAGUUUUAAAGUAUGAAAAGCAAUGUGCCUAAUUCAUAGAAGGGCACACAUCAUGUUCAUACUGUUAAUGCUUUAGCAUGCACACACACACAAAAAAAACUGUUUACUGAAGUUUUGAGUUGCUUGAUGUGCUUGUAAUUUCCUCAUAUAUUUUUGACCAUAUCUACCACUGUAUUGCAUUAGUUAUACCUCAAUAUUUAUCAGUUUUGCCUCAAUGGAUCUAUAUGACAGGUAAAUAAUGAGCUGAGGGAGCUCGGACAUUCACAGCGGACAGUGGUCCACCGAAAUGGAGAAUAAGGAAAUCUGAUCGGGCGACUCUCCAGGUCUCCUCCUCUCCACUUAGAACUGCUGGAAUAUCACAGCGCUUGUGAUGGGUCCUCGUGGAGCUCUCGCUCUUGUGUGGUUUGGAAAGGGUUUGAUAUGAAAUGAGAGCGUGGCGCCGAAGAGGCCUGCUCAGAGCGAAGCUCUAUGAGUAAAAUAAUAUUUUCAUAGAUUGACUCCCAUUAUUCCUUUUUCCCCACGCACAUGCUUUGGCUAAUUGAUACGGUGUUAUGGGGCAGUUUCUAAGGAAAUGGACGUUUAUUGUAAUUGAGUGAUAAAUGCUUAUUGUGUGCUUUUAUUUCUGAAUGAUUCUGAAUGUGAUAACAUACAUCAACCUACAAGAAAGUGAAAUCACAGAUAAGUGUUUCUCCUAGACAUCAGUGGAGAGCAAAUGGAGACGUCUCAUUUGCGUCUCAAAUAUUUCUCCUGAGAAAAAAAAGAGCAAGAAAUCUCACAAAUGUAGAGUUUCAGAAGAGACAAUGUCACAAGCUCAGAUUUCUCAAGUCUGCAAUCAAAAGUCAGUAUUAUUGAUCUCAAUGAAGAAUGAACUCAAACAGUUCUCAUCUAAUUUACCCCAAUUCAGAUGAUUUUACCUCUAGAAUCUGCAUUCACUUUACACCUCCGUACUCUUUAUGGAUUUGAACAAUUGUCACGUUUGAUUCUGUUUUAUUUUUUACAGAAUUUUUGAAUAAACAUCUAAGAUUAAUUUGA